UAUUCAUCACAUUCUAUAUUAAUAGAAAUUUUAUAUACAUGUGUUUUUAGUUCAAUAAGCCUGUAAUGUUUUGAAAACCUUAUAUUUUCAAGAAGCGUUGUAACAAACUGUUAAUAAAAGACAAAAUGGUCGAAGAAGUGUUGAAUACCAGCAAAGCAAAGGUAAAAACUGCUAGACCAAAGCCUGUCUAUUUAUGGACGGCUGUAGAUGUUGUUAAAUGGUUGAAAAGGCAUUGUCAAGAUUAUUAUAAUGAGCAUGUACAAAAAUUUAAAGAUCACGAAAUUACAGGCCAAUCUUUAGUGCGAUUAAAUGAGAACACUUUACUUCGAAUGGGUAUUUUAAAUAAUGAACAUAGAGAAGGCAUACUGAGGGAAAUUAUUAAAUUACAGCUAAAACGUGAUAUUAUGGAAAUUCGAGAUUUGGAAAGAAAUUACAAUAUGAAUGACUAUUAUUGAUGUUUAUCAAAAUUU